AUGCCAUCAAAAUGGUCAUCAUUGCUAAAGACUGCUAAUAUUUCCAAAGCUGAACAAGAAAAGAAUCCACAGGCUGUCAUAGAUGCUCUAGAAUUCUUCGAUGCAAAAGAAGUGAAAAAUGAUAGCAGCAAGACUCACAUAGAAUCUAAAGUUAAAGCAGUCGUAGAUGCAGAUGAAGGGGUGGAAAGCGCAGGGCCAGAUGAUGAUGAAGAAUUAUCAACUUCAUUGCCAUAUAAAUCGGAACGUUCGUUAAAUGAGACACCAGCGGAAAACGAAGUAUGCGUCGAUCUUAUUUUAGCUUUAAUCAAAGCUAUCGAUAAAUAUACUAGGGAUAAAAUAAUUAAACAGCUGCCUGUAGAAGUCAAACCUAGCCCAUUAGCUAAAGCCCCUGCUCCUCGUGCUGUUGAGCAAGCAACACCUGAAGCCGCUACUCCUCCAGCUCGAGUACGUGAAAAGAAAAAGAAAAUGUCAGAUGAACAAGUGAUGGUAGAAUUACGUAAAAUUGUAAGUGUUGGAGAUCCGAAACAGAGAUAUAAAGAAUACAAAGAAAUUGGAAGAGGAGCUUCCGGUGUCGUUUACACAGCUGUAGAAAUAGUGACGGAGAAUCAGGUUGCUAUAAAGCAAAUGAAUAUUACGCAACAACCGAAGAAGGAGCUAAUCAUAAAUGAAAUCAAAGUCAUGAAGGACAAUAAAAAUUCAAAUAUCGUAAAUUAUUUGGAUAGUUACUUGGUGGACAACCAAUUAUGGGUUGUUAUGGAAUACCUAGCUGGCGGUUCCUUAACAGAUGUGGUUACUGAAACCUGUAUGGAUGAAGGCCAGAUUGCCGCCGUGUGUAGAGAGUGUUUGCAAGCCCUAGAAUUUCUACAUAAACAAAAUGUCAUCCACCGAGACAUUAAGAGCGAUAAUGUUUUACUUGGAGAAAAUGGCAACGUUAAAUUGACCGAUUUUGGUUUUUGCGCUCAAAUUACGCCUGAACAGUCGAAAAGGUCGACCAUGGUCGGUACUCCGUACUGGAUGGCUCCAGAAGUUGUUACUAGGAAAGCUUAUGGACCCAAGGUCGAUAUAUGGAGUCUUGGAAUAAUGGCCAUUGAGAUGCUUGAAGGAGAGCCGCCAUAUCUGAAUGAGAAUCCCAUACGUGCGUUAUAUUUAAUUGCAACUAAUGGUACACCAAAAAUUGCCAAUCCAGAAAGACUUUCAGAAUCAUUUAGAGACUUUCUUAACAAAUGCCUUGAGGCUGACGUAGAUGAGCGCGCUUCUGCUAUGGAACUGCUGAAAGUAAACAAUUGA